GGGAUAAUUCGUUGUUUAUUAUUGCAUUCUUUUUAGCAGUGACGGUUACAGCGCAUAGCAGCGAUUCCACCAGCUACUACGGGAACACGAAACCGGCUAAUCUGAAGCAAGAGAAAGUGACACGUCUCCGCUUCUACCUCCAUGAUAUCAUCAGUGGGAAAAACCCUAGCGCCGUGAGAAUAGCACAUGCAAAUCUCACGGGCGGUAGCGUAGUAGAUUCGGCGGUAGGAUUCGGAAGCCUAUUCGCGAUAGACGAUCCACUCACCAUGGGACCUGGGAAAGAUUCAAAGGUAAUUGGAAACGGGCGUGGAAUGUACGUAUCAGGGAGCAAAGACAUAAGUAAGUUCACGAUCGUGAUGUACGCUGAUUUGGCGUUCACGACGGGGAGAUUCAAGGGAAGCUCGAUAAGCGUGUUCUCGAGGAAUCCGGUGGCGGAAGAGGCGGGGAGAGAGAUAGGGAUUGUGGGAGGACGUGGCGCAUUCAGAAUGGCUAAAGGAUUCAUCAAAAUCAAAACGCAUCAGAUUGACAUGAAGACAGGCGAUGCUGUUCUCCAUUACGAUGCUACUGUUUACCAUUAUUAACCCACCCCCAUCAAUGCUAUGUAAUAUUUUAUAAGAAUUCUACAAUUGUGUUUCAAAAAAAAAAAAAAAAGUCUACAAUUAUAUUUUCUGAUAAAAAUAUGAUAAUUCGAUU